CCAGUGUCAAGUGUUUCUUUCAUUCCUGCCACAUCGUUGACAGCAUUUCUAACAGGCCGGUGAGGUGUGCGAUGUACCUAACGGUGGAGGAUGCCAUGAGCCUGCUGUGCUCCCUCGCAGAGGCGAAGAAGAUGAAGGUGGUCGUCAAGUACCGGAAGCGGCGAGCCAUAGUGUUAGCCGGCAGCGGGUUAGCUCUCGGGAACCUGGUCGGAGGCCCGCCGGGUAUAGUCGUUGGGAGCGUUCUCGGGGGGCUCUUAGGGUCCUUGUCGUGGAGCACGGAGUUUAAGCCGGUCAGUCACAUCCUGAAGGAGCUGCCGCCUCACCAGCAGGAGAAGCUCUGCAACCACGUCGUGGCCAAAAUCGGGAACCUGCAGUGGAGGGACGUCGAGCACCUGACCAAGCUGGUCAUGGGCAGCGAGGCCCUGCAGGAGCAGCUGCUGAAGCUGCUCGAGGGCUACGUCACCAAGGAGCUGAAGACCUCAGUGAAGUACGGCGACUAGGCUCAGGGCGGGGGCCCUAACCUGGGGAGGCCUGCGGGGGGCGGGGGGCUGUGCUGGGUCCUGUUCUGGAAAGUGAAGGUUACAGAGAAUAAAACGGGGCCGAGAGAAUCUC